UUUUACCAGAAAGAACAAGUUUCUCUACUAAUCAGAAAAAAAGUUUUGUAACCUCAAAACAAACGUUGACUCACCAAGCUGUAAAGAGCUUAAAUGGCUUAAAUUGGAGAUUCCUGUGGGAUUUUGAGCAGUCAGUAGGACAGUUCCUGAACUCUUCAGUUAUAGAAUAUUCAAGGCAUACAAAAGUGUUGUUUUUCUACACAGCAUAACUGAAAUGUAGUUUAACCAAUGAUUUACAAGGCAGUCAAAUACCAAAGCUGGAAAGCAUUUAGAGAACCAUAAAUUAUGUAUUUUCUAUACCUUCGAAAACCUUUCAGCUGUUCUCAAUCUUUUGUUUUCAUUGGCCAAGUAUGACUGCCGUAAAAUGAGCGUAUUCACUAGCCCGCCACCUAAAAAGCAUUAAGCAUUCAUUUACAGAAUGAACGAACGAGCACGUUUGCUUUGGUUCUUGGAAUAGAAUUCCCUCGUGUAAGUAUAUUUUCUUUAUUUACAAAGUAUUAGGCUUAUUUUACAUGACUGCGCGCGCUUACAGCCCUGGCAUCACGAAGCAGGAGUUUCCGACCCUGUCGCGCCCAAGGAUGCCCAGUUCCAACCAUAAAAGUGCAAGCUGGGUAGUAUGUUUGGUGCUUGGAUUUCGGAGGUGCUAGGGGGGCAGAGAAGGACCGCUUCCUGGUGUCUGGGGGAAGGAGAAGCACCCCCGCCCCCCGUUCGGAACGCUCUCCAUCUCCAGUCCCUCAGAGGAAGUCGUGGCGAAGAAGCUGCUUCCAGGCCGCGCGCGCGCCUCUCCAGGUGCCCGUCCCGCUCCCGCGGCGCCUUCGUCCGGGAGGCUCUUCGCGGCGACCGGACCCGGCCGACUUCCCUUCCAGCCGAGGCGCCUCCUUCCGCUCAGCGCCGCGCGGCUCCGCUCGGGACGUGUCCGCGCCUCCGCGACCUCCGGAGCCACUUCGGGGCGAUGCUGGGGCCGCCGGUCUGGGCGCUGGUGGCCGGCGUCCUGCUGGCGCUGUCGCCGGGCCGGGCGGGGGGCGCCCUGAGGGCGGGCCGGCGGCCGCCGCGGACGCGGGGCUGCGCGGACCGGCCCGAGGAGCUCCUGGAGCAGCUGUACGGGCGGCUGGCGGCCGGCGUGCUCGGCGCCUUCCACCACACGCUGCAGCUGGGCCCGCGCGAGCAGGCGCGCAACGCCAGCUGCCCGGCCGGGGGCAGGCCCGCCGACCGCCGCUUCCGGCCGCCCACCAACCUGCGCAGCGUGUCGCCCUGGGCCUACAGGAUCUCCUACGACCCCGGCCGCUUCCCCAGGUACCUGCCCGAGGCCUACUGCCUGUGCCGGGGUUGCCUGACCGGGCCGCGCGGGGAGGAGGACGUGCGGCUGCGCAGCGCCCCGGUGCUGGUUCCCGCGGUGGUCCUGCGCCGGACCCCGGCCUGCGCGGGCGGCCGCGCCGUCUACACCGAGGAGUACAUCACCAUCCCCGUGGGCUGCACCUGCGUGCCCGGGCCGGACAAGGAGGCGGACGGCGCCAACUCCAGCCUGGACAAGCCGGCCCGGCCCUGAGCCCCCAUCCCCAACCCGGC